ACAGCAAGCAAAGCACUUGUCCUUGUUCUAUAAAAACAUAAUCCCCAACAACACAACUUCUCUCCAACAAAAAAAUUCCCUUCUUUCCCUUCAAAAAUAGUUUGUUUAUAUAUAUAUUUUCCUUGUUCAUACUCUGACAAUGGAAUAUCAGAAAGAGAAGAAGACUGGACCAUGGCUAUCUGUGCCACAAUUUGGACAUUGGGACCAAAAAGGUGUCUACCCUGACUACUCAAUGGAUUUCUCUAAAAUAAGAGAAAAUAGGAAACAAAACAAAAAGGACUUAUCAAGAGCUAGUUUUGGAAAUGAGAAUGAGCUCAUUUUCACUACCAAAAGUGAUGCAAAUUCAGUUUACUCUCCUCACAGUAAUGAUCAUCAUUACCAUCACAACCAAUCUCCAACUAGGAUGAGAAGGAUAUUCAGAUAUUUCAAUUGCUGUGCAAAAGCUUGAAGUUCAUGGAAUUGAUGUAUUCCAAUUUCUUCCUAAGUUUUGAGUGUCUCUUAUAUGAAAUAGGAAAAUGUUAUGAAUUUUGAAAUUGUGGUGAUUGCUUCUUACUGUCCUUUGCUUCUCUUGGGUA